AUGGGACAAUGUUUGAGCUUCUGCUGCUUUAAGCACACAGCUUCGUCUCAGCGACAGUAUCCAACUGUGAUAGAAGAGCUAUGCCCUCAAUUUUCUCUAGCCGAUCUUAGGAAAUGGACAAACAACUUUGACGAAAACCAAAUAAUUGGAAUUGGAGGCCUUGGCGUUGUAUAUAAAGGCUCUCUCCGAAACAGUUGUGCUACUGAGUGUACAAUUGCAAUCAAGCGAAUACACGCGAUUACUGAGAAGGAACUUAAGCAGUUCAAGAACGAAAUUGAGUUGCUCUGCCAGCUUCGCCAUCCAAAUUUGGUCACUCUGUUAGGAUUUUGUGACCACAGAGACGAGAAGAAUAUUGUAUAUGAGUACAUGAUAAAUGGAUCUCUCC